AUGAAGAAAGACGAUAUCGAGGAGCAGAAAAUCCAGGCAAUUGUGCUCACGGACUCGUUUCAGACGCGGUUUAUGCCGCUGACAGCUGUCCGACCCCGGUGUCUGUUGCCGCUGGCAAACGUCCCCCUGAUCGAAUAUACCCUGGAAUUUUUGGCCCAGGCCAACGUCUCGGAAGUCUAUCUAAUGUGUUGUUCGCACGCAGAUCAGGUCCAGCAGUACAUCGAUGACUCCAAAUGGGUACAGCCGUCGUCACCGUUCACCAAAAUCCAGACCAUCAUGUCGCUGGAGUCGAGAAGUGUCGGAGACGCCAUGAGAGAUGUCGAUUCCAGAGGUCUGAUCACUGGAGAUUUCGUUCUCGUUUCCGGCGACGUCGUGACCAAUUUGGAUCUCAGCAAGGUUUUGGCAAUCCACAAGCAACGAAAAGUCGCCGACAGAGACUAUAUCGCCACCAUGGUGCUCAAGCAGGCUUCUGAGCUGCACAGAGCGAGAUCCCAUAUCGAGCCUGCGUGUUUUAUUCUCGAAAAGGGAACAGACAAGUGCUUGUAUUACCAAGAUAUCCCGCCAGUCAACGGCCAGAAAACGUCGGUGAAUAUCGAUCCUGAAAUUUUGCAAGAUGUGGCCGAGUUCGAUAUCAGAAACGAUCUCAUUGACUGCCACGUUGAUAUAUGCACUCCUCAAGUACCAACUAUUUUCCAGGAAAAUUUUGACUACCAGGCACUGCGUUCAGACUUCGUCAAGGGAGUGUUGUCUAGUGACUUGUUGAAGAAGCACAUUUAUGCAUAUGUUACCGGGGACGAGUACGCUGCGCGGGUCGAGAGCUGGCAGACUUACGACGGCAUUUCACAGGACGUUUUGGAAAGAUGGUGCUAUCCGAUUGUUCCUGAGCGCAACAUCAUUGACGACCAGACCUACACUUACGAAAGCAAGCAUAUUUAUAAAGAGCAGAACAUCAGACUUUCUCAGUCCUGCAAAAUUCAGUCGAGAGUUGUUAUAGGCAACGACACAUUUAUUGGCGACGGGUCUAAAAUCCAGGCGUCUGUGAUUGGCCGCCAUUGCCGCAUUGGCAACAACGUGCUUGUGGAGAACUCGUAUAUUUGGGAAGGGGCGGUUAUUGGUGACGGUUCGGUGAUCAAACACUCGAUAGUUGCUGCCGACGCUGUUGUCGGAGCCAACGCCAUCCUUAAUCCAGGAGCCGUGGUUGGGUUUGGAGUGCGAAUCGACGACAACGUCGAAAUUCCGCACGAUACUAAAAUUGUCAAGGAGAAAAUACGCAAGAUGGACGACAGUCUGUCUCUUUCAGAGGAGGAAGACGAGGAGGAGGAGAGCGACCCCAAUCUCGUUGGUCCACAGGGAUUCGGUCAUUUGUACAGGGAAGACAUCCAAGAAGAUGGUCAAUAUGGAGGCAUGAUUUACCAGAUGGCCCAGCUCAACGUUUCUGAUACUUCUUUGGCUUCCACCACGGUAGCACACCAACAUCGUCGCAAGAAACGCACUCAAAGCACAACAUCCGUCUAUGUGUCGGAGGACGAAGACGAACAGUUCGAUAAAGAGGCCAUUGCCACCGUUGAGCGGGCCAUGGAGUUCAACCACGACAUCGAUACUGCUCUUCUGGAACUCAACACGUUGAGAAUGAGUAUGAAUGUGACUUACCACGAGGUCCGUGUGGCCACUAGCACAGCUUUGGUGAAGCGGGUAGACCAUUUCAUUGAAACCCAGACUUUAGGAGCAAAAGAGGCGGUCGAGAAGAUCUUCCGCAAAUGGUCAUCGUUGUUUGAUAGACAAGUGUUUGACAGCGAAGACCAGGUGGACUUGCUCAUAAUUCUACAGACUUUGUGCUCGCAACUCGACGCGUCUUAUAAUUCGGUUGUGCUGCUGUGGAUCCUCGUUGUUUUGUACGACGAGGAAAUCAUCGAAGAGGAAAACAUUUACAAAUGGUGGCAGAGCGAAAAGAGUAAGGACAUUGGCGCCCGGGACAGAGUGGAAAAGUGGAUCGAAUGGUUGCAGGAGGCAGAAAGUGAGGAUGAAUGA